AUGGGGGUCCCGAGCUCUGCCGCCCUCCUGCUGCUGGCGCUGGGCACCCAGGCGCUGAUCCGGAUCCCCCUGCGGAAGUUCCCUUCAGUCCGGAGCCGGUUUGGUGGGACAGGGCUCCCCGUCACCGACCUGGGGACUGGCGGGGGGCCGGGCAGGGGUUCCCACAGCCGCUCAGCUGCCCCCCAUCGUCUGCACAACUACAUGGAUGCCCAGUUCUAUGGGGAGAUCGGGGUCGGGACGCCCCCCCAGCAGUUCAACGUCAUCUUUGACACGGGCUCGUCCAACCUGUGGGUGCCUUCGGCCAGCUGCUACCUCCAGCACCUGGCGUGCUGGGUGCACACUCACUACUACUCACUCUUCUCCUGCACCCACAAACGCAACCACACCAAGUUCUCCAUCCGCUACGGGAGUGGCAGCCUGAAGGGCUUCCUCAGCCAGGACAUGGUCACCGUGUCCAACCUGACGGUGGAGAAUCAGACGUUCGCUGAGGCCGUGGACCUGCCAGGGCUGGUGUUCGUGGCAACCAAGUUUGACGGGAUCCUGGGGAUGGGGUACCCCAGCCUCUCGGUGUGCGGGGUCACCCCCGUCUUCGACAACAUGAUGGCGCAGGGGCUGCUGGACGAGAAUGUCUUCUCCUUCCACCUCCGCAGGGGCUCGGCAGAGGAUGGGGGCGAGCUGCUACUGGGGGGCACGGACCCGGGGCUGUACGAGGGGGACCUGCAUUACGUGCCUGUGUCCCGCAAGGCCUACUGGCAGAUCAAGGUGGACAAGAUCCGGGUGAAGAAGUCCCAGGGCGGGCACUGGUGCAAGGGGCCGGCUCUCUGCCGGGGGGGCUGCCAGGCCAUUGUGGAUACGGGCACCUCCCUCAUUGCGGGCCCCAGCAAGGAGAUCAAGAAGCUGCACAAAGCCCUGGGACCCUUCCACGCCCUCAAGGGGCAGUACCUGCUGGAUUGCGACCAGCUCUCAGCCCUGCCCGAGGUCUCCUUCGUGCUGCGGGGGAAGCCCUUCAACCUGACAGGGGAGCAGUACAUACGGAAGGUGACGCAGCUGGGCAUCAACAUGUGUGUCAGUGGCUUCAUGGCCCUGGAUGUGCCCCCCCCCGCUGGCCCCCUCUGGAUCUUGGGAGACGUCUUCCUGGGCCAGUACUACUCAGUGUUCGACCGGGAACGGGACCGCAUGGGACUGGCACGGGCCAAGUCGCCCCCUCCCCCAGCACCGUAG